AUAGAUUUUCGGGGAGAGUCGGCGGGUAGUCGGCGGCGCCGCCGGAGAGGAGCGGCUUCGGAAGGCCGUGACGUCACGCGCGGCACACCGAUCCCAGCAUGCUCAGUACACUGUGCAUGUCCGCCAUACUGUGCCAGUGGCUGGCGAGACGGUCACCGAGUUGGCCUGCUGGGUCGCUGCGAAGCUUUUGUUGUACGGCCUGAUGCAGUGCUCGCCCUUCGAAAUUAAGGAUAAGUUGUUGAAAGCAUUAGACGAGGACAACAAUGUGGUCGACAUGGCUGCAGUCAUCGAGGUCAUCGGCAUGCUGGAGCGUACGCCCAUCACCAAGGACACGCUGGAGCGUACACGCCUUGGGAAGUACAUCAACGAGCUGCGCAAGCGCACAAGCAAUGACUCCCUGGCCCGGAGGGCGAAGGAGUUGGUGAAAAGCUGGCGGCGCCUGUUGCCCUGUGACCAGCAGCAGACUCCCAAUGGCGGGGGCCCACCUGUCGUGGUUGUGGGGCCGGGUCCUGGUCCGGGCAUUGGGCCCGGACCAGGACCCGGCCUACUCACGGGCCCGCGUCGUAGUCCUAGCUGUUCUAGUGUUUCCAACAGCCCAGUGCCACCGUCGCUCCUGGCAGCUGCCGCGGCAGUGACUACGGCUGGCGCUGGCCCCGGCCUCGGGCCUCGCCGCAACGGUGGCUUCAAGCCCGUCAGUCCCGCAUGCUGCCCGUCUGCACCGUGCUCCCCGGGCUCGCCGCUGGCCCACCCGCACCCACGCAGCCCGCCACCCUUGGAGCCGGUUGCCAAGAACAAUGUAGCCAACAAACGACUCAGGAAAUCUGUCGCAUCCUCGGAUGGACCGGCAGACAGUGCAAAGAAAGUGGCUUGGUCUCCGCCCAAUGGUGUACAUCCCUGGGACCCCAUCCCAAGUGGCAACUCCGCUUUCGAGAGCGUGCGCAACCGCAUUGCCACCACCAGCACGACGUCUCCCCGACUGCCCAAGGUCAAGACAACGCAGCAGCUCAUCGCCGACCUGAAGGCCAAGAGCGGGCUGAGCCUGGACGGCGGCACCGCCGCAGCCGCUGCGGUCGCAGCUGCGGCCGCCGCGUCGGCCACGCCCCCGCCCUCUUCCUCGCGGCCCAAGCGCUCCGGCAACUACAGCCUCCUGGGCACGGAUGACGAGACGAGCCGCACCAAGUCAGAGUUGAUGGACCGCUUCCUAAAGUCAUCGGUCCCCAACGGGCCGUCCCCGGCCUCGCCCACGACUGCCAAGGGAGCGCCGGGCGAGGUGGCGGCCAUCUUGAGUGCCCUGCCCGAGAUCGGGCCGGAAGUGGAGCUCGAAGAGGAAGAGGUUCCAGUAGUGCCGCUCGAAGUGACGCCCGAGGUGGAGGAACGCUUUGCGACCCAGGAGUGGGCGUUUGUCAACGGAGUGUACGACCACGAGGGACAGUGGCGGGGUUGGCACGAAGUGACCACGGGGCGUUCGUACGGGGGGGACCUUCUUCACAUGUUGCCUUAUGUAAAUAUAGACUGGUGACCCAGGGGUCGCAUAACGAAGGGGGGACAUAAGGGAGGCAUGUUCUUUUGGCCUGUGAUCGACAUGGAUAAGUGGUGUGUGCACAUGUGUGGUGCCACAUUGCACAUUGCCUUCCUUCCCCCUUUUUUUAGUCAUGAACUGUGCUCGUGGACAUCUUUCUCCUGCCACCACCUCCAGGUGGUGGAGGAGUUAAUGGGGAGGGGGGGUGUUGCAUAUGAAACUGCUUUUUUUUUUUAUUAUUUUUGGUGCCCUCACUGGGAUAUAGACUAAGUUGCUGUUGUUGAAUGUAAAAGAAAAAAAAAGUUAUUCAAUGUCACAAUUUCAUUAAUAUAUUGGGUACAUAAAACUUGCCAGCCGAGUGUCGCUGGCACAUGCUUUUUUUAUUACCUUUUUUUUUUUUCGUGUGCAUGCAUGGUCUGCUGCCUCUUGCAUUGAGCCCUCUCCUAAGCAGGUGCAUUGAUUCAUCGUCACGCUUUUUUGAAAAUAUAGUGCCCGCCACCGCUUUUUAGUUUCUUCCCUCAGGCAUACGUUUUGGUGUAGAAAAGAAAUGCACAGGUUGUAAUGUGGUUGCCAAGUGCCAUUAAGCAGCAGUGCCAUUGGGGGUUUGUGUGUUGGGCCCUGUGGCCUCUUCUGGUCCCGGGGUUUUGAGAAGGAGGGAGUUUUUUUGGACGUGUGUGCGUGUAUGUUGGGGAACGAAGUUUUGUGUUGGGCCGGCAGGGGCCGUUUGCCUGUUGGGGCCCCCGCUGCCACGUGUGGACCAUCAAGAAAGCCGUGCGUCGUCGCACCAUCAAAGGGGAAAAAAAACACCAGGUGCAACAAGUGCCUCGCUAUUGGCUCUUGACCUUGCCGGCACAUGUGCUUGGUUGCAAGGUGCAAAAAGGGAGUCUGUGCAAACUCGUCGGGACUGCUUCUCCUUUUUGUGUGGCAGUGUGUUUUGUAGUUAUUCCUGUCGAAAAAAAAAGUGUGAAUAGCUUGGGGGCUGAAUCCAGGCAGAAGUCUUUUUUUUUUCCUAGGAAAUAAAACUGCCAUGUGUGCACAUGGUCAUGUUUCUGUAGCUGCUGGAAAAGAUUAUUCUUCCUACUGAUGUGUUUCGGUGGGUGUGCGUGCUGUCUGGCAGCUUCCUAAAAGGAACACCGGGUGCGACACACCGCUGUACGUCAGCCGCCUAGCUCCUGAUGUCCUAAAGAUCUGUGCCUCCUAAAAUGUUUCAAGUGCCUGUGUCAGCAAGGUGCAGAAAAUGUUGCCGGAUACGAGUCUUGAUGAACCAUUCUUCCUGUUACACGUGCAACAUUCACAAGACCAGCACUGUUUCCAUUGACACUUCGUGUUGAACACGAUGAGUACGUACCA